AUGAAAAUAAUGAUCUAUAUUAGACAGUUGUUAGUUUUUGGUUAUAAACCUCAUAGUAAUUGUGUUCUUCUUGACCAGAUUUGGUCUCAAGGAAUUAGAGAUGAAAAAAAUAUUCCUGAUAAUUUUCAAAUUGAAGAGUAUUAUAAUAUUCAGUUUGAUAAUAACAAUGAAGAUAAUAUCUAG